CCCCAUCCAACUAGUACCGCGCGCGUGUGUGCGUCGAGUUGGACCGGGGAAUAGGAAAACUUUCGUAGUUUUUAAUCCACCAAAAACACUCGGAUUCAGGACAAGACACGGACCUAUCCUGUCGCUUUGACAGUUCUGACGAAUUAAUGAGUUUUUUGGUGCGCAAUGGGCGUUUACGGCGUUACAUCAGCGCUUUAUUCCCAACAGGGUCUUUUACCCAAACAUGUGGAAAACCAAAUCCAGUUGGAUAUUGAAGUGUGAUCUUGGAGCUGAUUUGAGGAGAUUUCUCUAGAUGUGGGCUGCAGCGGUGAAAUGAUGGCAACACAUUGGAGGAAUUCAGGUGAUGAGGAAGAGCUGGAUUAUGCUGGCGCAUCUCCGCACUGCGAGGAUGUGGUGGAUCAGGAUGAUUCUUCAGGAGUGCUCUUCCAGCUGGAGGAUGAGCCUUUUUCCUGGCCAGGGCCUAAGACGCUUCAUCUGCGGCGCACUUCACAAGGCUUCGGCUUCACUCUGCGUCACUUCAUUGUGUACCCACCGGAGUCUGCGGUGAACUCCAGUUUUAAGGAUGAAGACCAUGGUCACAGGGGUAAGUUAUAAUUUUUAGUAACAUAAAACUAACUUAAA